UCGGGUGUCCGCCUUAUCGGAAUGUUCGAUCUUCGAUGAUAACAUACCAGAAAUGGUGGUUAAAAAUACCUCAUAAUUAAAAUAAAGAGAGGUCAUUGAAGCUAGUGAAAAGCGAGAAACGAAAAAUGAAGUACAUAAUGUUCGAUUCCGCGGUUGACAAUUGGCAGUGAGUUUUCAGGAUUGCGGCAAAACUUUUGAAGGAAUGUGCUGGAUACAAUCAACAAUAUGAAUUAUAUACAUAUUAUGACCGUGCGAUAACACUCGUGUUACGUAGAAAUGCUUGCAGUGUAAAUAAUUUUCUAUCAUUAUGAAAUUCAAUGAAAAAGAACUCGCAGAGGCAAGUAGCGGCCCUGCUGAUCUCGAAGGCCGUUUAAAUCACAAACGAGCGCACAAGUCAGGAUUUAAAGAGAGAUGGUUUAAGUUAAGAUGUAAUUUACUAUUUUAUUUUAAUAUCAACGAAUUAGGACAAAUUGAUAAAAGGCAGCCAGCUGGAGUGAUUGUUUUAGAAAAUUAUAGUAUUAAUGUUGACAGUGCCACUGAAGGAGUAUUUGCAUUUAGUAUAGCAUUUCGAGAUGAACACGAUAAAAGGCAUGUAUUGAGCGGUCGUUCAGAAUCUCAGGUAGAACAGUGGGUGAAUGCAUUGAAGCAAGCCAGUUAUGAGUAUUGGAGGUCACGUCUAAUAGUACUCCAAGAAAAAUUAUGCAAAAAAACAGGAAAAGAUCCCUUGCUCAUGUACCCAAGGAAUCAGGGCAUUAUUAGAGAUGAAGCAUGGGGGCCUGUGUCAACUUUCAGAUCUCAUGUACGUUCCUUUACAACUUCAGUUGUAACAUCAACAACAAUAAACACAGUAACGAAAGAAGUAAAUUUGAUAGAAUUUUGA